CAGAGGAGAAAGGGUUGGAUGGGAACCACAGAGGGAGGGAGGGAUACAGGAGACUGAUAAAGAAACGCAGUGUGAGCAGCAGAGUGCAAGGCUACAGACGGAGAUAAAGCCCUGGAUAUAAAUGCUCCAUCACAAGGUUUGGAAUAAUAACUGAGCAAGUGACAAAGGACUUAGAUAUAGGUGGCGGGAAUCACAGAGAGGAUGGAUGUACAGACAGAAAACAUGGACCCUCCUCCUAAUGAAUCACAGCCAACUGGAAAAAUCAGAAAAGGAUUCAAGCUGUUUGGAAAACGUAAACCAGGUAACAUUUUUUCCAUCAGAAAAAAAGGCGACGGAAACAACAAGUCAUCUGUCAGCCGGAGUAAAACAUCUGAGGGAUUAUCUGAGACUUCAACGCAGGAUUCAGAGCAGGAGCAAGAUAAGGAAAAUGGAAAAGAGGUGAAACAAGAAGAUGGGGAGCAGCCAGAGGACGAAGCACUCGGUGAAGAUGAUGCUCUGGCAACGGCUCCUGCCCGCACCUCCAUCUCUUCAGCCAGCUCAGCCAAGUCCCUCAGCUUCCUCUCACUGUUGAGGGGUGGAAGAAGGGCAGUGGGGGACCGCAGAGCCCAAACAGUGACCCAGCCUCCGGCUCGGCAGCGUCGUGGCCUCAAGGGCCUUUUCAGCAACGUCAAGCUCCGAUCAAGGGAUAAGGAAGACAAAGAGGAAGCCCCUCCGAGCCCUCUUCUCCAGUCAUCCCGCACUAACAGUGUGGAAAUCAUCAAAGAUGACAUGACACUCACACCCAAAUGCCAGCCUCGCACGCUGGACAGCUCUGAAACCGAGAGUACAGAGCCUGUCCAGAGCUCUACUACUCAAGAAAGUUCAGCCAUGACCGCGUCAAAGACCCCGGCUCCACAGGUGAAAUCUGCAGAGACUGUGAGUCCUACAAAAGAGCAUGUGUCCCCUUUGCUUACCCCAGAACCCCCGCUGGUACCUGGUGAUAACAGCCUUAGCUCACUGCUGGCAGAUAUCUCCUCUCUCCUGACAUUUGACUCAAUCUCAGGGGGUGGAGACAUCAUGGCUGAUGUGGAAGCAGAGUGGGGUAAAGUUAGCAGUGCUCUAAAUGCUAAUGUUCCUGUAUCAUCCACGUCUCCGUUCUCCAAACCUACCCUCUCCUCCUCUACCACAACCUCCUCAACAGUCAGCUCCACUGCUACAGUUAAACCCUCUUCUGUAGCUGUCUCAUCUUCAUCUUUCACUUUGACUUCUCAUCCUGUCAAACUGAGUUCAGACUCUAUUCCUGCCACCAUGCAAGGUAAACAAACUCCUGCUCCUUCUUUAACGAAACCCUCAACAGCUCCAUCGUCAUCAGCUACAUCUUCCAUCUCCAAGACAAUUCAGUCCACUCCAAGCUCCACCACAACCACACCCCCUGCAAAUGCAUCUGCAACUGUGGAAAAAGUUUCUUCAUUCAGUCCGACUUUGACCUCUACCGCUAACUACAUGGCUACAGAGAUCGCUCCAAAUAAAGCACCUGUAAGUAAACCUGAUCGUACAUCUAUUUCACCUGCUGUAUCAUCUAAACCUGUAGCCGAAACCUACAGUCCUCCCAUCCCCAUCACCCAGCCUCCCACUAAUAGUAGUUUUAACCUGGAAAAGUCAACUUACAUUAAAUCUCAAAGUUCAGCAGUGGGAGAAUCCAAAGAUUCCCUAGCAUCAUCAGUACCCUCUACGAAUAAAACCACAUCCCCACAUUUCGCCCCAGUCAUUUCCUCAAAGAUCACGUCCUUCACCGCAUCAACCACAACUUCUGGUUCAGCAUCAGUGGCCCCUUCCAAGCCCACCCUAACCCCUAACCAUCUGGACCUUAACAAAACAGUUUCUGACCCCGGCCCUUAUUCAACCUCCAAUGCUGCAAUUAAAACCCAAGUCAGCCCUGCAUCUGUUCCGUCUCCGUCUUCAGCUUCAUUAGAUAAAAUUCCACCCACAACUAAACCCACUGCAAUAUCAGUAGCUUUAGAUAAGAUGCCCGCCGUACAGCGCACAGAAACAGCUCCCCUCACUCACGUUGCUCCAACAUCAUCGGCGACUGCAUCUGCUCCGGAUCAGAUAAAAGUUUCUCCUGCUAACAUACCAAUUCCUGCAUCAAAAGAACCUCCCUCUCCAACUCCAAUUGAUAUCUGUCAAUCUAAAAUCUGCCCUGCCCCUCUUAAAGUCCCAGUUUCCGUAUCUAAGGAUCAAUCUGUUCCAGUUAAAAUGCAGGAAUCUUCCUCUAAAUGCUCUACCUUCCCUGUUGAGAUCCCAAACUCUCUAUCUAAAGAACUCUCUACUCAUGUUAAAAUGCAGGAGUCUUCAUCUAAAGUUCUUACUUCCCCUGCUGAAAUCCCAGUUUCCGUAUCUAAAACUCCUCCAGCACCUGCCCAGACCACAUUUUCUGGAUCCAAAACCCCAGUGGCAUCAUCCAUAGAUAGCCCCCACCCUGAAUCUCUCCCAGUUUCUCCACCUGCCCCAGUUUCCCAACCGAAAACUCCAGAACCACAAACUGCUUCUGCUCCACCUGUUUCUUGGCAGAUAGAUGCACCAUCCUCUGCUAAUGUUAGGGGUUCUGUGCAGGCAUCGCCAGAUAGUCCGGAUGGAGCAGGUGAACAGGUGAUCCAAGGGCUGCCGUCCAAAACAAAAGAACAACUGCCCCCCAAAGAAAAGAAGACAUCACAAUCAAAAGCAACGGGUCUCAGUAAAAUACCAGUGGUUGGUGGAGGAAGAGUCAGCAGACAGCCCGUCCGGGAAGCUCACCAUUACGAACCGAGCAAGGACCCCACUUCGCCAGUUGUAGAAGAAAAACACGGUUUUAACUCACAUAGUGCAGCUGGCAGAGAGAAAAUGGUCUCACCUGAGGCAAAUGCUCCGGCCUCAAAACAUCACCCGGUGGAGCAUCAGCAGCCUCAACAGUCAAAGGUUGUCACAAGUUCAGCGCGUGACUCAAAGAUCCCUCUGAAGCACGACACCCAGUUCCACGCUGCAUCACAGGUCUCCCAGACUAAAGAACCCCCCCGUACAAAGAUCCCCGUGUCCAAAGUGCCCGUCCGCAGAGCCGCUAAUAAACCUGCCACUACUGGCAGCAGCAUGCAGAUAAGGAAGUAAAAAAUAAAACUGGACUAAAGCAGUUGCUAAUGUAAACUGUCAUUCUUUAAAACCCAUUUCAAUGCUGUAACUUUCUCUCUUUACUUUAAUACACCAAGGAGAAACAUAGAAAUGAGCCAGGCAGCAUUCAAGCACAAAUCAACAUCUCUAUGGGGAGCUGGAGCAAGAGUCCCUAUCUUUGGUGCUUCACUAGUCAGGCGUGCACUCAGGAAAGGUUCAAAGGUCACACCUGAAUAUUUGGAUGAGGAAACAAACAGGGCGAGUGCCUUGUCAAAGGUGCUUUUCCUACAGACUCAGAUUUUCUUCAGUCUUUUCUACACUGGUUUAACUUUUGUUAUUUCCACUUUUUGUAGUAACCUCCUGAAACUUAGUUUUUUUUGGUAGGGGGUCGGGGGCGUUCUCCUUCAAGCUUCCGUCCUUUUUGUCUUUUUCUAUUUUUGGCAGAUCAGCAUAAAACGAAUGCAACAAUGAAAUUUACAUUCCACACCUCUCUAUGGAUCUAUGUAGCAGAAAACGUGCCAUCCGUUUUGCACAAGACAUUGGACUGUACAGCCUGCCUGCUUAUAUGUAACGUUAUAAGUUCUCAUCAUGAACUGUUUGUUGUUGUCGAGGAGUGGAAAUCGCUCUUUCAGUGGAACGGACAGAGGCCAUUAUGAAUGGCCAUUGUGGACGUUUGAGCGAGACAAGGGGGAGUGAUGAGAUUAGCUCUCCGGCUCAUACACUGGCACAUGUCUACUUUAAACUCAGUUAUGCUCAAAUGAGAACAAUAUCUCAGUGUAGAGAAGCAUAUGUGUUGUUCUGUUUCUUAUUUAAUCAAUAAAAAAAAACAUGAGUGCCUAGA